AUGAAAGCGCCUGUGCCGGCGCCGGGGAGCGGCGACGGCGGCCCUGCCGACGAGUGUUACAGCUACCCCGACCUGCCGAUGAACAAGACUGGCUACCGCUACUAUGCGUGCACGCUGUCGCCGAACCCCGAAAGAGGACCCACAGGCCCGUUCUACCGCACGAUACCAGGCCCGCCGUCGUGCGCGCCGGUCCACAUCUCGUGGUUCGACCGCUCCGCCUUCCUCCGCAUCUCGCCCGACGCCGCCACCGUCACCACCGACAAGGGGUACCGCUCUGGCCGCGCCAACGUCUCUGUCCGCGAGGGCUCGUGGUACUUCGAAGUAGUGAUCGAACGGGGGGACGGCGCGGGCGGCGCCGGCGCAGGUACUGGCGGGGAAGCGGGGAAUGCGCACGUCCGCGUCGGAUGGGCGCGCCGCGAGGCCAACCUCGACGCGCCGGUCGGCGCGUGCGCAUACUCGUACGGCGUGCGCGACGUCGGAGGGGAGAAGGUGCAUAUAUCCCGGCCGAAACCGUAUGGGCGGGGCUUCGCGACGGGCGACGUCGUCGGGUGCAUGAUCACGCUUCCGCCUCGGCCCCCGGUCGAGAGCGAAGACGAGCCAGGCUUCGUCAAGCGCUGGCGUAUCCCGGUGCGAUACAAGGGCGGGAACUACUUCGAGAUGGACGAGUACCCCGUCGCGAAGGAGAUGGAGGCGCUCGUGAAUCGCGCGGGGGCGCCGGCGCCUGCCGCGCCCGUGGCCGAAGACCACGAGCCGAAGAAGAAGGUCAUGAAGGGCGGGGACAAGCCGUCGGCCAAGAGAGCCGACAAGGCGGGUAAACCCGUUGCGCGCGAGCUGCGCACGCUGCCGGGCUCGUCUGUGCGGUUCUUCCUCAACGGCGAGGAGAUGGCGGACGCACCAGCUUUCGAGGACCUGUACGACUUCCUGCCCCUCCCGCCAAACGAGGAGCAUCGGUACGUUGGUCCGCGCCGGGGCCCCGUGAGCGUCGAGCGCGAGCGCGAGAGCUACCAGUACCACGACGAUGGGACGCUGGGAUACUUUCCCAUGGUGUCGUGCUUUGGGCGCGGCAAGGCGCGCGUCAACUUCGGCCCGACAUGGCUCAAGCCGCCCGCCGUGGAGGCGCGGCCGCUGAUUGAGCGCUGGGACGAGUUUCGCGCAGAGGAGGUUGUGUAUGAUGAACGCGAGGAGGCGCGGCUCGCCCAGAGAUACAAGGACAUGGUGUCGGAGGCUGCACGUCCAAGAGAGCCGAAGCGGCCGGCGAAGAAGAGGCGCAAGACGCCGCACGAUGGCGAGACGCCGACGAGCACGCCGCGCAUGACCCCCGGAAUCACGCCGGCGCCGUCGAGUCCCAAGUUUGCCAGCUCACCCGCAGCGGCCCCCUCAAGUCCGCCGAGCGAGCGAGCGCAUAGCGAGGGACCGCAGCGCUUGCACCUCGAACAGCCGCUACUUGAUCCCCGCGACCAUCACGAGCCGGCGGAGAUCAGUCCCGGUGAGGUCAAACCGGAGCCCACCGAGAUCAAGAUCGAACCAGGCGAUGAUCCUCAUGAAGGUGUAUCAUGGUCAUAG